AUGCUAAUAGUUGGAAUGACAGGGAGUGGUAAAACCAAGUUUCUCCUUGACAUGUUAGAAACAGGGUACAAUAGAGUUUUCGAUUACAUUAUCAUUGUAUGCCCAACAAUAGAAUGGAACACAACUUACAUCAAUUGGAGCCACCUUAGUGAUCACGGGGUUAUUGAAAUUCCCUGUUCACAAGAGAUGAUCGACCAUGUUCUCAAGGCGGUGUCCACCAUAUUCCGCGAAACCAACAAUCUCAUCAUAGUGGACGAUUGCGCAGCAAGUCAAGCUGUAAAGAAAAGAUUCUCCAAACUGGUGCGCUUAGCAUUCUCCGCAAGACAUUACAAUCUAUCUGUCAUUGUACUUACACAAAAAUUGUCCUCAGUAGCGAAGCCCUUCAGAGAGAACAUUUCCAGGCUAGUCACAUUCUACAACCCCAGUCGCAAAGAUAUGAAGGUCAUAACAGAUGAUUACCUGAUUGGCGUACCACAGGAGAAAAUAGAGGAGAUGACAAAGAUACUGAGAGAUGAAAAGUUCACCGCACUGAAUAUACUACUUGUUCACCCAUACACUUACACUCUUCGCUAA